UCGCGUGUACUCAGUACUGUGUAGUGUGCACCGUUUCGUAAACAACACGAUAAGAGGUUAUUUUACUAACGUAACCUUAAAUUUUUAAAUAACAUGUCUUUUCGUGGUAGAGGAGGUGGAGGAGGAAGAGGUUUUGGUGGUCGUGGAGGAGGAGGUCGCGGUGGCUUCCGCGGAAGAGGAGGAGGCGGCGGCGGUGGAAAUAGAUAUCAAGAUGCUGGUCCUCCUGAAAGUGUGAUCCCUCUGGGCCACUACGGCUGGACUGUGCAAGAUGACCUCGUAUGUAAAGUUGAUAUAGAAGACGUUCCCUACUUUAACGCUCCAAUAUUCUUAGAGAACAAGGAACAGGUCGGCAAAAUCGACGAAAUCUUCGGUAAUCUACGCGACUAUUACGUGUCCGUGAAACUCGGUGAAAAUAUAAAGGCUAAGAGCUUUAAGGAAGGUCAACAAUUCUUUAUUGAUCCUGCAAAAUUGUUACCACUUAAAAGGUUCCUUCCACAACCGCCUGGAGCCAAGCGAGGUGGUGGCGGCCGCGGUGGUAGAGGCGGACGAGGAGGUGGCGGGAACUUUGGACGUGGAGGUCGUGGUGGCGGCUUCGGCAGAGGAGGAGGUGGCGGUCGAGGUGGAGGUUUUAACCGAGGAGGUGGAGGCUUCGGAGGUCGGGGUGGAGGAGGAUUCGGGGGUGGCGGAGGAUUCGGAGGCAGAGGGGGCCGUGGCGGCGGUUUCAGAGGCGGUCGUGGGGGAAGAUAGUGGUGAAAGUAAAACUAUUUUGUUAACAAUGAAGAUUGAGUGUAUGUGGAUAACCUUAGCAGAAUCACCAUAAAAAGAUGUGUGUAAAGCGACAACCUAAAAUUUAAGUAAAAGUUGUAAAGGUUAUUAAGUUUAUCUUGUGGAUAAAUAAAUAGUUUUAAGUU